CGAUGUUGCGCCAUGCCGCGACGGUGUUGAUGAUGAUUGCAGCUGUCUGGCGUUUCCUCUGAGCCCUACGUCCACAGGCAGAAAUCCGCCAGCCAUUGCCAUCGCGCUGCCAAGCUGUCCCUUCCUUUGCUCUUCCAAGGGGGCGGGCCGACACUCCGACCUGGCCGCCGACGGGCUUCCGCUGUACAGGAGCCCAAUUGAAUACGCCAACCCUGAUGCACGGUGCGCUCAAGAAAGGCACCCGCAAACCCAGCAUUGAUUCUCGCGGUCCACUCUCCAUUCGUCUGGCGCCUCGCCUUCUGCUGGAUGCGAGGCCAAGGCAGUGCCACUCUCGUUCGACCACAAGCCGACCGACGAGGCCGAGCGCAAGCGCAUCAUCAACGCCGGCGGGUACGUCAAGGAGAUCCACACCGGGGAGGGCCACCAGAGGAGGGUGGUCCACCGCAUCAACGGGAACCUCAACCUCUCCCGCUCCGUCGGCGACCUGGCGUACAAGACGCGGGACGACCUCGGCCCCGAGCAGCAGGUGAUCUCCGUGACGCCGGACCUGGUCGUCAAGGAGAGGACCCCCGAGGACGAAUUCCUCAUCCUCGGAUGCGACGGCAUCUGGGAGGUCAAGGACAACCCCGAGGCAUGCGCCUUUGUGCGGCCGCGAAUGGCCGGGGGCAAGGACCCGACCUCCCAGCCAUCGCCUGCGAGCUGCUGGACGAGUGCCUCACCGCCGACCCGCAGAAGACGUGCGGCCGCGGCGCCGACAACAUGACCUUGGUGCUGGUGCAGCUGCGGGACACCAUCCCGCCCAUCCGGCCAUCCAAGAGGCGCGCACCCGCGCAGAGCUGCUUUGGGGCGCAGGCCGACUGAGGCGCGCGGGACCCCAGCCGGCCACCGACGUACAGACACGCCCGACCUAAACGUAGCGCGCGUGCCGCGUCGGGCGACGUGGCGCCCCGCGACGCAGCGCCGCCCCGACCGUGCAUGGCCUGCCCUUCCCGCUCCCUCCUCCUCUGCCCUGGCCUGCCCCGUCCCGCUUCUCCCCGCC